AUGAGUUUGGAAGGAAUAAAAGACAACCUUACCAACCUGAUAUAUAAAGGGGAGGACUUUCAGCUGGUUCAAAUAAAGUACAAAAGCUACUCUCACGCUCAAAUUGUUGGCUUCAUUUGCACUUUCCAGAAAGAGGAUUGUCUUGUAACUGAAGCUCCAAAUAAGAGAGUUGAGAUUCUUCGUGAGAAACGAUAUUCUGAUACGGCAAUUAGAAAGGGAAAGUUGUAUAUUAAAAAAUGCAAAGAGAAUGAUGUUGACCACCAGAAGAAUUGUAUUUUUAUAGAUGAAACAGGAUUCAAUUUACAUAUCAAUAUACUAGAUGUAAUGGACAACGUAAGAAUUCAUGACAAUAGUCGAGUACCUGCUUACAUUGGGAAACGAGGUUAUAAGCCAUUUAUUUUACUCUCCUUACUCACCAUUCCUUAA